UUGCUUAAGCAUCUCUGAACUGGGUGUAUAGGGCGAAUAGAGAUGGGAAAAUGCAGUGAAAAUAUGUAAUUCAGCGCAUUUUCAAUGUUUUAACAAUUGCGAUGAGGGAAAGAAAGAGUGAGAGGGUGGAUUUUCUCUUGUACUGCUGCGGAGUACGGGCGGUUAUUUUGAGAGAAAUGCGGAGUCUUUUCCCCCAUAGGUGUUAACGCAGAAAAUACAAGAUGAAGAAGCAGUUCAAUCGAAUGCGACAGCUCGCCAACCAAACGGUGGGCAGGGCAGAAAAAACUGAAGUGUUAAGCGACGAUCUUCUGCAGGUGGAGAAGCGGUUGGACCUGGUCAAACAGGUGACCCACAGCACUCACAAAAAGCUGACCGCCUGCCUGCAGGGCCAGCAAGGUGCCGACGAGAGAGAGAAGAAAUCAGUCAAGUCUCCCUCGAAAAAGCUACCACUAACCAUCCUGGCACAAUGCAUGGUAGAGGGAGCUGCUGUGCUGGGAGAUGACUCUCUACUAGGGAAGAUGCUGAACCUGUGUGGGGAGACAGAGGAGAAGCUGGCCCAGGAACUAAUUCAGUUUGAGUUCCAGAUAGAGAAGGAUGUGGUGGAGCCUCUCUAUGAGCUGGCUGAGGUGGACAUCCCCAACAUCCAGAAACAGAGGAAACAUUUAGCCAAGCUGGUCCUGGACAUGGACUCAGCCCGCACACGGUUUCACCAGUCGUCCAAGUCCUCCAGUCACCCUAGCAACCUGCAGGCGGGCGGGGCCAAGGGGGAGGCCCUCAGAGAGGAGAUGGAGGAGGCAGCCAAUAGGAUGGAGAUCUGCAGAGAUCAACUAUCAGCAGAUAUGUAUAAUUUUGUGGCCAAAGAAAUAGACUAUGCAAACUACUUUCAGACGCUCAUAGAGAUCCAGGCAGAAUAUCACAGGAAGUCUCUAGAGAUCCUCCAGAGUGUCUUGCCCACCAUUAAAGCUCACCAGGAGGCGUGGGUGGAGAAGCCGUCGUAUGGCAAGGCCUUGGAGGAACACCUGUCCAUCAGCAGUAGAGAGAUCGCCUUCCCCAUCGAAGCCUGUGUCACUAUGCUGCUGGAGUGUGGCAUGCAGGAGGAGGGUCUGUUCAGAGUGGCCCCCUCGGCCUCCAAGCUGAAGAAGCUGAAGGCCUCCCUGGACUGUGGUGUUAUGGACGUACAGGAGUAUUCAGCUGACCCUCACGCCAUCGCAGGGGCUCUGAAAUCAUACCUCCGUGAGCUUCCAGAGCCACUGAUGACCAGUGAACUUUACGAGGACUGGAUUCAGGCGUCAAAUAUUCAGGAUAUGGACAAGAGACUACAAGCUCUGCUGGCGGCAUGUGAAAAACUACCAACUGACAACUUCAACAAUUUCAGAUACUUAAUUAAGUUCCUAGCCAAGCUAGGAGAGUAUCAGGACUCCAACAAGAUGACUCCUGGUAACAUGGCUAUAGUUCUGGGUCCCAACCUGCUAUGGACGCACUCCAACGAGAGUGGGAACAUGACCGAGAUGAUGACCACAGUAUCUCUUCAGAUAGUGGGGAUCAUAGAACCCAUCAUACAGCACGCUGACUGGUUCUUCCCUGGAGAGAUUGAGUUUAAUCUGACAGGCUGCUACGGCAGUCCCAUCCACGCCAACCACAACUCUAACUACAGCUCCAUGCCUUCGCCAGACAUGGACCAAUCGGAACGCAAGCUGUCGCACGACCAGGGCAGACGCCCACUCAGCGUUGCCACUGACAACAUGAUGCUGGAAUUCUACAAGAAGGAUGGCAGCAUAAGGAAAAUACAAAGUAUGGGUGUCCGGGUGAUGGACACGUCCUGGGUGUCUCGUAAGGGUUCGUCCACCCUGGCCCGUAAGGCCUCGUCCACCCCUCCCAGCGUCCAGGGUCCUGGCUCCCCUGCUGACCACUCCCUCAUCCUGGAGCAGCCUGGAGAGCUGGCCCAGUCCCCCUCACCCCCUCCUCCACCUGGGGAAAGGGACCGGAUCGGUACACUAAGGAGUAAGGAGAGCUCUCCAGUGAUUGGUCACAAGGGGGUGCAGGUGGCAGGUCCGAUGGUGCCCCCUGGUGUUGGCCAGCAGAGCUGCAGCCAGUCGCCCCACUCCACAGAACACAGCCCACACACCCUGCGCAAAGGCUCUAAGAAGCUGGCCCCUGUCCCUCCAAAGGUUCCAGCUGGAUACGGCCAGUCGGGUGGUUCUGGUGGGAUUUCGGACCAGUCCACAGGUCAGCCGUCACCGGUCAGCCUGUCCCCCACCCCUCCCAGCACCCCCUCCCCCUAUGGACUGGCCGGUCCCCCACAGGCCCCUGGAGGACUAGGGGCCUCCUCCCCCGGUCAGACCCCUCUCUGUGGCUCCCUGGGGUCCCUGGGGUCCCUGUCCUCCCCCCCUUCUCUGACCGGCACGCUGGGCAAGUCUCGGCCCACCCCUAAGCCCCGCCAGAGGCCCAGCCUGCCCCCUCCUCAGCCGCCCACCGUCCCUCCGCCGGGGGCCACCCCUGUUGGCCCUGGGCCCCUGGAGCAGGGCAUCCUGGACAGACUGUCCCCCGGGGAGAGCAUGUCCACAGAUUACUUCAAUUAUGAAAUCCCCUCCAUCAAUGUGAACCUGGACAGCCUCAUCGAUGAGUUCAGCGGUGCUGCCCCCUGCAGGCGCUAUGGAGCGGUGACAUACUCUCCUCCCCCAGGGGGAGACGAUAACCCCGACCACGACCCCUACGCCGUGCCUGAGGAGGACGAACCCCAGGACACCACCUUAUGACAUAAUUACCCUGAGACAGCCCUAUGAUGUGACAUCAUCAGAGCUCGCCCAAAACUCGGACGUGCCCCGGGAAGGCAAGGCAAGGCUGGCACCAUGGCGCUCCAACAUACAGCUAGCUAGCUGUACACACUGUAAGACUGUAACGCUCGCUCACACCGCACUGCCACGAUGCUCCCAGACAAAACAAACAAACACACAAACAACAUGGCUUGUUCUUCUACACCGCAAUGCUCACCUGACCUUUCACCUGGAACUCCAGAACUGAACCCC